UAGCUGGCUUAGCUUAGGCUUAGGCGAAGACUCAAGUCAAGAUUAUUUAUUACUUGAUCUGUUUCUACUAUUUUCAGUAGAUAUUGUUAUUCACUUGUAACACCAUAAGAAUCUUCUUUAAGAGCCUGCCUGAAAGUUAAUUAUUCCAUCACAUUUACGGAAGCUGCAAAAUGAAUUCCAUUGAAGAUACACCGAUGAGUCCAACACAAGAAGAUCAAGGAGAAGCAAGUGAUGAUGAUAGACAGUCUGUGGUUUCAACAUCGUCCAGAAGAUCUCGUGCUUCAAACAAAUCAGGCUCCGCAUCCCCAGCAGCAAAUAGAUCAAGGUCGAAUUCUGGAUCAUAUGGUGGUUCCCAGGCAUCGAAGUCCAAGUCUCGCUCUCCUUCUGGUCCAAGAUCCCCAUCUCCAGCACAUUCACAGUCAAACGCAGGUUCAAGACACUCUUCAAGAUCAUCAAGUGUUACGUCUCGUCAAUCACGUUCAAAGUCCAGAGAGAGAUCUAUAUCUCCAGUAAAGAGGAAUUCAAAGGAUAAAGAACGUUCAAAGUCAAGAUCACGUUCUCGAUCUGUAUCCAGAGCUAAAUCAGGAUCUCGUUCUCGAUCCGUUUCACCAGCAAGAUCAAGGUCACAAUCAAGAGCCAGGUCUGGUUCACGAUCUAGAUCUGUAUCUCGCGCAAAAUCAGACUCAAGAUCUCGAUCUGGGUCUAGAGCUAAAUCAGGUUCAAGAUCUCGUUCAGGUUCACGAGCUAAAUCAGGUUCAAGAUCUCGAUCAGGCUCACGAGCAAAAUCUGGUUCAAGAUCUAGAUCAGGUUCACCUGCUGGCUUGAGAUCGGCAUCUAGAGCUAAAUCAGGUUCAAGAUCUCGGUCUGGUUCACGAGUCAAAUCAGGUUCAAGAUCUCGGUCAGGUUCUCGAGCAAAAUCAGGUUCAAGAUCUCGUUCAGGUUCACGAGCUAAAUCAGGUUCAAGAUCUCGAUCAGGCUCACGAGCAAAAUCUGGCUCAAGAUCUCGAUCAGGCUCACGAGCAAAAUCUGGUUCUAGAUCUAGAUCAGGCUCACGAGCAAAAUCUGGUUCUAGAUCUAGAUCAGGCUCACGAGCAAAAUCUGGUUCUAGAUCUAGAUCUGGUUCACGGGUAAAAUCCAGGUCAAGAUCAAGAUCUCCAAGAGCAAAAUCUGGUUCAAGAUCAAGAUCAGGAUCACGAGCAAAAUCUGGAUCCAGAUCACGGUCAGGAUCAAGAGCUAAGUCUCGAUCAAGAUCAGGAUCACGAGCUAAAUCAGGUUCCAGGUCACGUUCCGGUUCAAGAGCUAGAUCACGAUCAGGAUCAAGGGAUAAAUUAAGGUCAAGAUCUGGAUCCAGAGCUAAGUCAGGUUCAAGAUCAAGAUCGGUGUCCAGAGCCAGAUCCCGAUCCCGUUCCCGAUCAAGAUCCAGAUCUGGUAGUAGAUCUCGUUCAGGUUCUCGAGCAAGAAGCGAUGAAGAGGUAAUUGAAGAACGCAGAUCAGUUGUAGACAGUGAAUCAGAAGAUGAAAACAAGAAUGAUUUAAAAGAGAAUCGAAAGCCAAACAAAAGAAGUAUGGAAGACGAGUCAGAUGACGAAGCUCGGGUGGCUACCAAAGGAAAGAAGAAGAAGUCAGCCGUAUUGUCUGAGUCGGAAGAUGAGGACGACGGAGGAGAGAAGAGAAAGCGAGCUGUACUUUCUGACUCCGAGGGUGAAGAGGAUACCCCAAAGAAAGUGAAACGAAAGAUUGGAUCGGACUCAGAAGACGAAGGUGUACAGGAAGAGGGGAGAGGAAGUGAGAAGGAAGAAGAGGGAGAAGAGAAGCCACCAGAAGAAGGGGAAGGGGCAGAAGGCGGGGAAGGCAGAGAGGCAGCCGUGUUGCCUAACAUAUCUGACGAGGACUCGGAUAAUGAUAGGCCUAGCAACAGGGACGCUGGAGCUUCUGACUUUGAGUUGAUGCUUUUGAAGAAGAAGGAGGAAAGCUCAAAACGCAGGAAAAGGAAAGACAUUGACCUCAUUAAUGAUAAUGAUGACAUCAUCGCUCAAUUAUUGUCGGACAUGAAAAAUGCUGCUGAGGAGGACCGCAAGUUGAAUCAAUUAGGAAAGCCAGCAAUCAACAAAAUUGCAAUGUUGCCCAAGGUAAUGAGUCAACUGAAGAAGCAUGAUCUUCAGUUGGCCUUCAUCGAGCACAAUGUACUGAGUGUGCUGACAGAUUGGCUUGCUCCUAUGCCUGACAGGAGUCUGCCUUCGCUGAGGAUUAGAGAUAGUGUUCUGCGAUUGCUGAAGGAGUUCCCACGAGUAGACCAGUCAACAUUGAAACACUCUGGGAUUGGUAAAGCUGUAAUGUAUCUGUACAAACACCCCAAAGAGACUAAGGAGAACAAAGACUUGGCUGGACGGUUGAUCAAUGAAUGGGUCAGACCUAUCUUCAACCUAUCUACAGACUUUAAAGCGAUGAGUAGAGAAGAGAGACAUCAGCGAGAUCUGGAACAGAUGCCGGAGAAACGACGAGGCUCUGUAGACGAACCUUCCCCCACCAAGAAGGACCUCAACAAGGCCAUCACUGGCGAGGGAACUAUUUUACGCCCUGGAGACAAAGGUUGGGUUGGAAGAGCCAGAGUUCCGAUCCCUUCCAACAAGGAUUACGUCGUCAGGCCCAAGUGGAAGAGUGAUGUAGACAUGAGCAAAACCUCAAAGAAACAAGCUAACAGGUUUGAGAAACACUUGAAGAACUUCAUUGAUACUAAAAGACUCAGCAAAGCUAGGCGAGCAGUGGAAAUAUCAAUUGAAGGUCGUAAAAUGUCUUUGUAGUCUGAGAUAAGGCUUCAAAGACUUCGGCUCGUCUGUGAUAGCUUGACUCAACAACUAUUUUCUUGCGUCUUUACACUUUUAAAUAUAUUUUGAUUAAAGUGUAGAAUUUAAAAUAUAUUUUGAUUGAAGUCUGGAUUUAAGGUGAAUUAUUAUUUCUUAUACAUUAACUAAGAUAUUUGUAAAAUGUAUAUUAACGUUUGAAAUAAUUGUAAGCUUUGUAUUGUAUGAAUAGUCUUAGGCUUAAUGUAAUGAUUUGUUUAAAUAAACGU